AUGGAGAACUUCGAGUUUGCGAUACGGUGCAGCAUCGAACACUGUCCUCGACUUGAUAUCUUGACAAAGGAGAACAUUGCUGAACCAAUGAUGGAUAUUAGGAGGGCUCUCUUGGAAGCAGAUGUAAGUUUGCCAGUAGUGCGAAGAUUUGUGGAUGUGGUUAGUGAACGAGCUGUUGGUACUGGGCUGAUUCGAGGGGUGAGACCUGAUCAACAACUUGUGAAGAUUGUAAAUGAUGAACUUGUGAAAUUGAUGGGUGGAGAAGUGUCUGAUCUUGUAUUCACGAAGGCUGGUCCAACAGUAAUAGUACUUGCAGGCUUACAAGGUGUUGGAAAGACUACAGAUUGUGCCAAGCUUGCCUUUUACCUAAAGAAGAUGGGGAAAAGUUGCGUGUUGGUUGCUGGAAAUGUGUACAGGCCUGCAGCUAUAGACCAACUCUCAAUUUUGGGUGAAAAGAUAGGUGUGUCUGUUUAUAAAGAAGGAACUCAAGUAAAGCCUUCACAAAUUGCUAAAAAUGGUCUUGAAGAAGCCAAAAAGAAGAAAAUCGACGUUGUCAUGGUGGAUACCGCAGGAAGACUGCAGAUUGAGAAGAACAGAGGAGAUAAAGGAGGAUUUAUGGCUAUGUCAGGUCCGAGAAGAAUUGAAAGUAGUUUCAGUGACAUGAGUAUUUCUAGCAACAGUGGCGGUUUUGGAAGUGGUUCUGGCUUCGGAUUAAGCUCAGAUGUGGAAUCAUUCUCUAGCAAGUCUAAAGGUUUUAACUCUAUGGCUUCUGUUUAUCUCCUAAAAGCAUCGUUAAAUUUCUUAGAAUCAUUCUGUUCGACUUGA